AUGGCGGUCGAAGACGAUGCCCAGAACCCCCUGCAUACGGGCAUUUAUGAGAAGGAGAAACAGCAUAAUAAGGAAGAGCGGACAAAUCCAUCCGAACAGGCCGACAAUACCCACGCCGAACAUGCUUCGCGAUCAUCCAGAGACAGUGACUCCUACGGCAAAACCAGGCCGGAUGGAAAACGAGAGCUGACGGAGGACGAAGCGUACGAUGCGCUUGGGUUCUGCUUCCCGUGGUAUAAAAAGUGGACAAUCCUCACCGUCAUCUUUGUUGUGCAAAUGUCUAUGAACUUCAACAGCAGCACUUACUCGAAUGCUGUUUCCGGCCUGACAGAGGAGUUCAAUAUCAGCGCGCAAGCAGCGCGAGUCGGCCAAAUGAUUUUCUUGGUCGCCUACGCUUUUGGCUGUGAAUUGUGGGCACCAUGGAGUGAGGAGUUUGGCCGAUGGCCUAUCAUGCAGCUCAGCUUGACGUUUAUGAACAUCUGGCAGAUUCCUUCGGCCCUGGCCCCAAACUUCGGAACUAUGGUUGUCAGUCGUUUCCUGGGUGGUAUCUCCUUAGCUGGAGGCUCUGUGACGCUUGGGAUGACGGCUGAUAUGUGGGAGGCCGACGAUCAAGGCUUUGCGGUGGCAUAUGUGGUACUUUCCUCAGUGGGUGGUACAACAAUCGGGCCCUUCUUCGGUGGUAUGAUGGAGCAGUGGCUGCACUGGCGCUGGAACUUCUGGAUCCAGCUCAUCAUUGGCGGCGUUACCCAGCUAUUGCAUCUCUUCCUCGUUCAGGAAACGCGCGCAACUAUCCUCCUUGACCGCGAGGCCAAACGCCGUCGCAAGUCCGGGGAAGACCCCAACGUCUACGGCCCCAAUGAGCUGAAGUCCCCAAGACUAGACUUCAAAGAGUUUCUUGCUGUCUGGCGCCGACCCUUUGAAAUGUUCCUCCGCGAACCGAUCGUGCUCUGCCUUUCUUUGCUUUCUGGUUUCUCUGACGCGCUAAUCUUCACCUCCAUCGAGUCGUUCGCUCUUGUCUUCAAGCAGUGGGGGUUUGACCCUCUGAGGAUCGGACUCUGCUUUGCAACGAUUAUCAUAGGAUACCUUGUGGCCUACGCGAUCUUCAUCCCGGACAUCUGGCGUCAGCGCAAGAUCCGCAAGGAGCACGGUAAUGCCGCCCGCCUACCAGAGCGUCGCCUUCUACUCCUUCUCUUCAUCGCUCCGCUAGAAGCCAUCGGAUUGUUUGGAUUCGCGUGGACCACCAUGGGGCCAGAGUAUAAUCACUGGAUUGCCCCUCUAAUCUUCAUGUUCCUGAUCGCAAUCGCCAACUAUGGCAUUUAUAUGGCGACCAUCGACUACAUGGUUGCCGCCUAUGGCCCGUACUCCGCCUCCGCGACUGGAGGCAACGGUUUCGCUCGUGAUUUCCUCGCCGGCUUAUCUGCCAUGUACGCAACGCCCAUGUACGAGAACAUCGGUGGCCGAUUGCACUUGCAGUGGGCGAGUACGAUCCUCGCUAUCUUGGCUAUCCUUGUCACUAUCCCUAUCUACGUCUUUUACUGGAAAGGACCGCAGAUUCGGGAGAAUAGCAAGUUUGCUCAGACGCUGGCGGCCGACCGCGCCCGUCACGAGGGUAGAAGGGCCAGCUAUAUGAGUGCCAGAGAAAAGCCCUACGCGGCAUGA